GGCAACGUCCCUGAUUGGUGGUGGCUGCAUAUGUCAGCGAAUGCGACAUCCCUAGGAAUGGAUGCUUUUGGAUCUAUAAAGGCCCCUGAGGCGGAAGCCCCUCUGUCUCUCGUGGGUUCUCCGACGACCAAUGGCGGCUGCUCGUUUCCUCUUGCUCCUCGUCGGCGCCUUCCUCCUCCUUUCCUGGGCACGUGCUGAUCACAACCCCAUCCUGCUCGUCACGGACCGCGCGCGCUCGCUCGACUCGUCCCUCUUCGCUGGUGUUCUCGGCCGCACGCAUGACGCCCUCCGCUUCGCCCGCUUCGCCCGAAGGUACGGGAAGUCUUACGGCAGCGCGGAGGAGAUUCUGAAGCGGUUCGCGGUGUUCUCGGAGAACUUGGAGUUGAUCCGGUCCACCAACAGGAAGGGACUACCGUACCGGCUCGGGAUCAACCAGUUCGCGGAUAUGACCUGGGAGGAGUUCCGGGCAAGCCGGCUCGGGGCGGCUCAGAACUGCUCCGCGACGCUGAAGGGGAACCACCGGAUUACCGACGAGGCGCUGCCGGAGACGAAAGAUUGGAGAGAUGAUGGGAUAGUGAGCCCAGUGAAAAAUCAAGGACACUGUGGAUCUUGUUGGACUUUCAGCACGACCGGAGCAUUGGAAGCAGCCCACACGCAGGCGACAGGAAAGAGUGUAUCCCUGUCGGAGCAGCAGCUGGUUGACUGUGCCAACGCUUUCAAUAACUUUGGGUGCAACGGAGGAUUGCCCUCUCAAGCUUUCGAGUACAUCAAGUACAACGGUGGUCUGGACACCGAGGAAUCAUACCCUUAUCGAGGAGUUAAUGGCGUAUGUCAAUACAAACCAGAGAAAGUUGGGGUGAAGGUUUUAGACUCCGUCAAUAUUACACUGGGUGCUGAGGAUGAACUGAAGCACGCGGUGGGAGUCGUUCGUCCAGUUAGUGUUGCUUUCGAGGUGGUGAAGGGUUUCAGGCUGUACAAGGGAGGAGUCUACACCAGUGACACUUGUGGCAAGACUCCCAUGGAUGUAAACCAUGCUGUUCUAGCUGUGGGUUAUGGAGUGGAGAAUGGCGUUCCGUAUUGGCUGAUUAAGAACUCAUGGGGCGAAGACUGGGGUGUGGAUGGUUACUUCAAGAUGGAAAUGGGGAAGAACAUGUGUGGUGUGUCAACUUGUGCUUCCUACCCUAUCGUUGCUGCGUAGUGACAUCCGUGCCAGAGGUGGCCUCUCCAGUGUUAGACCAUGUAUAAGGAGGCCAUCCAUCUCCAGUAUAUUGGACUGCUUCUAGUGUAUAACAUAUUGUACUGGGCUCGGGCAAUGUUUGGUGUCAAUAGGAUUUCGACUCUUAGGAGAAUGGAUGACAAGGAGGCCAUCCAUCACAUCCAUCUCCAGUAUAUUAUGCAUGUAUACACAGAUUAUGCAUGAUAAGGAGGCCAUCCAUCUCAUCCAUCUCAUCUCCGGUAUGUUAUGUAUGACUCAAAUUUUAUUUGUACAACCAGUCCAUCAUUAUCUUUGGUUAA